ACAAUAAACAGAUACUGUUAAAAAAAAAAGGACAACCACCUAAUAUGUGAAGUACUGCAAUUGUGUUUCAUGGUGCAUAGUCUCAAGUUUGCUUAAGCACCAAGCAUUAAGCUAAUUUAUUUAUUUUAUUUAUUAAUGCUAAUUCAUGUCACAUAAACUAUUAUCAUUAUCCAUUAUUUUAAUGUGAUGUUGUACAAAUUAAAAAAAGAAAAAAGAAAACAGUGGGAUCAGGUGCAAAACACGCACACAUGCAUGCUCAGUGUACCUGUUGAUCUUAGUGUUGGUAAUUGGUGAAGCAUUUCAGAGAAAGGAAGGGUUUUGAGUCGUACCCUUCAUUUGUGGAUCGGUGAAUUGAAGCAUGAAAUCCCCAACCAAUGGCGAUUUCUUCAGAUCAACCCUCACACUCAAGAUCGCCGCUUUCUUCUUCAUCGCCGUCACGUUCUUCUACUUCGGCAAGCAUUGGUCCGAUGGGUACCAGCAACUCGUAUUCUUCACCCAAGGCACCCACCCGGAUCCGGAUCCGAACCCGAGUGUGUCAACGUCCCCGAAUUACAACAAAUUCUUCAAUGUCUCUGCUCUCAUUGACCAGAACCUUCCACAGCCGGCGCCGGAAAAAAUCCUAGCGCCACCGCCGGCGGAAUCGAUCGAGAAACUGGGGAUCGUGAACGAGAAUGGCACGAUGUCCGAUGAGUUCGAGGUGGGUGAUUGGGUGAACGAGACUGAGAUUGAGAAGUUGGGUGCUUCUUCUUCUUUUGAUGACGAUGAUGAUUUCAAAUUCGUGAUCAAGAGGUUUGGGUUGUGCCCGCGCAACAUGAGCGAGUAUAUUCCGUGUUUGGAUAACGAGGACGCGAUUCGGAAGCUGCCUUCCACGGAGAAAGGGGAAAGGUUCGAGCGGCAUUGCCCUGAACAAGGUCGAGGGUUGAAUUGCUUGGUUCCUGCUCCCAAUGGGUACCGUACCCCAAUUCCAUGGCCCAGAAGCCGAGAUGAGGUAUGGUACAAUAAUGUGCCUCAUACACGUCUGGUUGAAGAUAAGGGAGGCCAAAACUGGAUUUCCAGAGACAAAGAUAAGUUUAAAUUUCCAGGAGGUGGUACGCAGUUUAUUCAUGGGGCAAAUGAAUACUUGGACCAUAUUGCUAAGAUGAUUCCCGAAAUUACAUUUGGUCGGCAUAUACGAGUUGUUCUUGAUGUGGGCUGUGGCGUUGCUAGUUUUGGGGCGUACUUACUGUCUCGGAAUGUCAUCACCAUGUCUGUUGCUCCCAAAGACGUUCAUGAGAAUCAGAUUCAGUUUGCUCUUGAGCGUGGGGUACCGGCCAUGGCAGCCGCAUUUGCAACUAGACGUUUGUUAUAUCCAAGUCAAGCUUUUGACUUGAUACAUUGUUCACGGUGUAGAAUUAAUUGGACUCGAGAUGAUGGGAUACUGCUGCUUGAAGUUAAUAGGAUGCUAAGAGCAGGAGGGUACUUUGUCUGGGCUGCACAGCCAGUUUAUAAGCAUGAGGAAGUUUUAGAAGAACAAUGGGAAGAGAUGCUUAAUCUUACCACUCGACUGUGCUGGAAGUUUUUGAAAAAAGAUGGGUACAUUGCAGUAUGGCAGAAACCUUCUGACAAUAGCUGCUAUCAAGACCGGGAAGCUGGAACUAAACCUCCCCUAUGUGACCCAAGUGAUGACCCGGACAAUGUUUGGUAUGUUAAUCUAAAAGCAUGCAUCUCUGAAUUGCCUAAGAAUGGAUAUGGAGCAAAUGUUACUGAAUGGCCUGCACGUUUGCAAACCCCACCUGAUAGGCUUCAAAGCAUAAAACUUGAUGCUUUCAUAUCCCGAAAAGAGCUCUUUAAAGCAGAAUCAAGAUACUGGAAUGAUAUUAUAGCAAGCUAUGUCCGUGCCUUACACUGGAACAAGAUGCGAUUAAGAAAUGCUAUGGACAUGCGAGCAGGAUUUGGAGGAUUUGCGGCAGCUUUGAUUGAUAAGAAUCUUGACAGCUGGGUUAUGAAUGUUGUUCCUGUUAGUGGCCCAAACACCUUGCCUGUUAUAUAUGACCGCGGACUGAUUGGAGUGAUGCAUGACUGGUGUGAGCCAUUUGACACCUACCCAAGAACAUAUGAUUUACUGCAUGCAGCAAACCUGCUUUCUGUUGAGAGGAAAAGAUGCAACGUCUCAUCAAUUAUGCUUGAGAUGGAUCGGAUACUAAGACCUGGUGGACGUGUAUACAUACGUGACUCUCUCGCCAUCAUGGAUGAACUUCAAGAGAUUGCCAAGGCAAUAGGCUGGCAAGUGAUGUUGAGAGACACAGCUGAGGGUCCUCAUGCAAGUUAUAGGAUAUUGGUUUGUGAUAAGCAUCUGCUACGCACUUGAAUCAAUGGAGGUAUACCACAUGAUUUUUAUUAUGACCCUCCAAGUGGGAAGCCAACAGAGCAUGGGAAUUAUGUCAUUUGAGAAGUGCAGGAAGAUGCAAGUGCAAGUACUACUUCCAUACAAAUGUCAAGAGCGGAUCAGCAUUUGUAAAAUUCAAGUGCAUCAUCUAAAUUGUAAAAUUUAAUUUAUUUGUAUAUUCCAAAGUUUUAGUUCUAGUUCUAGUUGAUUCAAAUAUUUUUUAGUACCUAUAAAUAUAAGCAUUUUCAUUGUUGAUCUAUGUAAAUUCUUUGGUCAGUUUGUAUCUCUCAUUUCAUAAAAGUUCCUUUUGCAACCAAACUAGCUCACUUUUAUUACUGAGGGAUACAAAUCAACCAAAAAAUUUAUAGCAAUCAAAAUCAGAAAUACUUAUAUUUAUAUUAGGACUAAAAGGACAAUUAAGUCAUUCUACGUUGAAUAUAUGUUAUAUUGAAUGAGGUACUCCAAAUAUAACAUUUCCUUUUAUUU